AUGGGCCAAAGGAGACACACCAAGUUUCACUGUGGCAAAUCAAAGACUUCAGGCACUAGCCUAGUUAAACUUGAGAAAGGAACCGUUGUUAAUAGUACUGAGAUUAAUGAUGCAGUCUGGCAAUCAAAAUUUGUUCUCAAGAACCUUCGGUAUUACACAGUCCAUCCAAAUUUGGCCCAGUACUAUGAGCCUUUGAAGCCCACUGCACUGCAGAAAUUCCUGGCUCGAAACAGGAAAAUCAAAAGCUUCAUGUUAAAAGUAACAGAGUAUGAUCAGGAUAAGACCUUAUUGAUUAUGACCAACAACCCACUUCCCUGCCUGAUCGACCAGCAAGUCACACCAAAAUACUUUUCCAAGGAGUUACUGCUCAAGGAAAGUUGCCAUCAUCACAGACCGACUGAGAACUUCUGCCUGCCCCUGAUGUCUCAGAAAAAAAAGUUAAGAUCUGAGCUGAAACCAAUCUUCCCUGUGAUACUGUUGGAGGAUCCUACAUCGAAGCGAGAACAAUGGUUUAGGUUUUCCACCAACAACGAUUUCAAGAGUGAAGGGAAAUAUUCGAAGGUCUACGCUUUGAGGAAACAGAAAAAAAUGUACCCUCAGCUCAACUUUGCUCCAGUUAGUAAAAGAGAUAUGACGAAAGAUGUCUCCAAGAAGUCAAAGAGUGACAUGCCAACUUCCAAAAUGACUUGGGAACCACUAACCCUUUCAUCGCUCCUGGAAGAGAAGCCCACCAGAACUGUGCCAGGGGAGAACGCCUUCCGCAAUGGAAGGGCCCAGCAGUGGAUUAUAAAAAAUGCCACUGUCGUUAAGUGA